AUGCCAGAGCAUUUACAAGAGCGCUGUUGCACUGGCAUCGUACUUCCUUUCCUUGCUAGUGGGAAAGUACUUGGAUUCGAUUUUGUGGCGCCUUGCCAAUGCACACAAGAAGAUAAAGUAAGAACCAAUCGUGGUUUAUCUCUGGCAUUCAAAAUUUACAUCACAUUCAUCGAAGUAUAUCUAUGGACUGUGGCCUUCCUUUUCGCAUUACGUAUCUACGACCUGAAUCUCUAUUGCUUACGAUCAAUUCAAAGAUAUGGCGACUACGCACGUGCUGCAGCAGUAACCGUAUGGUGUACUUCUUUGUAUAUUGCUGCACAAUUCAGUAUCCUUAAGAGAAAAAAAAUUACCAUCCAUUCUCCAAAGAGCUGCUAUGAUUCCGAAAAGUAUGUGAUACGUAACGUCCAUAAGUCAGCUCCGUUAUUGCUGUUAUCGUUGUUGGCACCACUCGUAAUAAUUACGCCAAUUGGAUCAGUUUACAUGUAUGCUGAAAUUCAAAAAUACGAAAAUGCAGAUACCGAAGCAUUUGUCUGCGCUGUGGCACACGUAAUUUGGCUAUUCUAUUUGGCAGGGCAAAUCGUGGUUUACCUGAUGAUCAACGGAAUCAUUCUAUACGUCAUCGGUAUGAGAUUGGUAAAUCUGUCAGAGGAAAUGGCGGCGUUGCACGUGAGAAGAAAUUCUCUGAAAAAGAUCUUGCAAGAAAUUUUCCACAAGCAUUUCGAGCUGUGGCAGAUAAUCGAAAGCUACAACGACGAAUGGAGCGACCUUAAACCUAUUCUCUAUGUUCACUUCGUCUAUGUUUCUAGUUUCAUUCUUUAUGCCACGUUAUUUGUAAUAAAUGGAGCCAAGCUGAAAAUAAUAUUUACAUUAAUUUCUAUAAUAUACGUGGGCAGCUUUGUUACAAACAGUUACUUGUUGUCGAUUUUCACGAGAAUGUUGUAUGACAAUUUUACUUGGAUUGAGAGACUUUCGCCCGCUGAUCUGUCUUUAACUUUCAAGUUGAAGAUGAACGAUUUCCUGAAGAGAUACGGAAAAACACGUCUAGGAUUUUCAACAGGAGGUUUCAUUUAUGUCAAACGAGAUUUUUGUAUCAGAGUUGUGAGUGGAUUGUAUUCAGCAUUUUCUACUUGCGUGGAAUUAAGUGGAAUAUUAGAAAAAGAAAGGAAAUGUUUUACUGAAUUCACCAAUUCAACAAGCACAAACAGAACCAUUUAA